UCUUGUUUCCUUUAAAAGCAUAUGUGAUCACCAUCUCUAAAAAAAAUUAACAAUGAUUUUGAAAUUCCAAUAAAAAAUAAAAUUAAUUUAUAAUUUUCUAUAACAUUUAAAUAUAUUAAUUUAAUUAUAAAUGGCUCAACCAUGACCUAACCCUUGUCUACCGAUUAAAUUGUGAACUAGUGUUUCAAUUAAUUUUAUAAUUGAUCUUGUUCUCACAACAUUGAUUUAUUUAUAAAUCUUAUUUAACUAAUUCAUGCAAGUCAAGAAAGUUAAAGUAUUUAAUUGCCUUGAAAUUACUCCAUUUUUUCAUAAAUAUCCUUGACUAAAUGCAAAUUCUUUUGCCAACUUUCUCAAUUCCUCUUUUCACAAAAAUUACCUUACUAAUAUCUACACCAAGGGUUCUACUGGAAAAAAAAUAUUAAUUUUUUAUAAAUUUUACAAAAUAAAUUAUAAAUAAGAUAAAAAUCUUCUAAAAAGUGGAUUAUAAAUGGUACCGUAAAUAGUUCUUUUUUUUAUUUGUUAAAGGGAAAAAAUGUCCAACUAUUUUUUCUCCAGGAGUAUCCUGUAUAUGUAAGUAGUGAAUAAAGAUGUAAGAAUAUCCAUAAAUUUGUUAUAAUAAUUGCAACAAACUCUAUUUUGUUAAAUUUGGCAAACAAAAGUUAACAUUAACCAUUUAAAAAGAAAAAAAAACAAGCACAAGGUCUAAAAAUACUCAAAAAAAUUUUCCAUAAAAGUUUUAUAUAUCCUUAAGUCAACAAUAAUGCAUGAGUUUUCAUUAAUUUUAUUAAAAAAGCCACAUCACCAAGCUUAACCUUAACAACUUGAGCUUUUAGAUUUAUUCAGGUUGGCUCGAAUAGUUGAAUUGCUAAAUAUUAUUUUAUUUUUUUUAUUUUUUAGUCAAUUUCAAUUUUUACCUUACAAAUUAAUUUUUUUAAAUUUUUACCUAUUUUUUAUUUUAUUUUAUUAAUAAUAAAAAAGAGAAACCCAUGAGAAUCCUCUUUCCCACCAUAUCCUCCUCCCGUUUGGAGUCAAUGCCUGUUUCUAGUACAAGUAUGGAGUGUUUGUUCCAUUUAAGUUAUUAAAAUUUAAAUUAACAGGUAAAAAAAAAAAACUCAAUCAUUAUUUGAUAUCUAGAUAUAAAUUUAGAACAGUUAAUCUAAAUUUUAACAGCUUAGAUAAAACAUGCAAUCAGUAGUAGAGAUAUGCACCGAAUCCAAACCCCCUCCCAUUCGUCCCUUCUUCCUUUCAACCAAACCCACCUUUUCAUUUCAUUAACUCUCUAUUUGACAAAAGCAUUCGGCGCAAGAACAGUUUCAUUGCGUCUUCUAUUCUCUAUCUCCGCAAGUCGCGCGUGUGUAUCUCUCUCUACAUGCAUACAUAUAUAUAUAUAUAUAUAUAUUCUGCAUCUCAAGGUCCUCCUCAGCCCCACGCAACUACCGACCAAGUCCCCACGACCACCAAUCCACUACGCGCAGCCCGCUCCUCCUCCUCCGUGGCCGCGUCCGAGUGUAUUGCUCUACCACCACCACCCCCAAGUUGAACUCUUAAGCUACACAAUUAGCCAUGGAACAACCUCAUCAGCCUAUGUCCCCUAAACCAGUGGUUAUUAGUAGUACAACUAGCCAUCCCUUAACUAAUGAUCCGAGUUUACAAUCAACGUGGUCACAUCGAGCCUGGGUUGCAGCCGGUUGCACUACUGUGAUUGUUUCAUUGGCUAAAUGCAUUAGUCAAGCAACCAUCAUGCAAGUUUCGUUCGAACCGGUCUUCGCCGCUUGGCUUGGCUAUAUGUUGGCCGAUCUAGGCUCUGGCGUUUACCAUUGGGCUAUUGAUAAUUAUGGAGAUGAGUCCACACCUGUGUUUGGUCCUCAAAUUGAGGCUUUUCAAGGUCACCAUAAGUGUCCACGGGCCAUAACAAGACGUCAAUUUGCUAACAACUUGCAUAUAUUGGCUCGUGGAGUUACACUCACAGUGUUACCUAUUGUACUUGUUUUCAAUGACUCAAAACUUCUUGGGUUUGUUGGAGUGUGUUCUGGUUGCAUUAUGUUUAGCCAGCAGUUUCAUGCCUGGGCCCACAGGACGAAGAGCCGGCUUCCGCCACUCGUGGUGGCAUUACAGGAUGUCGGAGUACUGGUGUCACGGUCGCAGCAUGCCGCCCACCACCGGCCGCCGUAUAACAGUAAUUAUUGCAUUUUGAGUGGAGUUUGGAAUGAGUUUCUGGAUAGGCAUAAGGUAUUUGUAAUGUUGGAGAAAAUAGUGUAUUCCAAACUUGGGGUUAGACCACGGUCUUGAAGUGAACCCAAUUCUGAGUGGAUGCAGGAGAUAGAGGCUUCUUCUUAAAUUUCAGCCAAGUAAAAAUUUAACUACUGUUGUUUUAGUUGGCGUAAUAAAUAAUGAAAGUUUUAGUUUUUUCUUUUUUUGAGUUUUUUUAAUUAUCAUAUAUUUUAAGUUUAUCUUUU